AUGUCUGAAAUGGCUCCUUUCUCUCAAGCAGGCAUCAACAUGCAGUAUCUCGAUCGAGCAACCAUGCUGCACUCGUCUUAUACGCAAAAGACAAAUCCCCUUUUCGCUGGCCUCAUCACGCCCCCUGAUACCCCUAUUCGGUCAGUCGACAGCAGUGCACCUCAGUCACCAACAAGCUCAACUCUGGAGGCAAGCCGAAGCUUUGGAUCUACGAAUGAUGUCCAGAAAGCAAUGGAAGCCUUGUCUGUUGCUAUCAGGAGUGCGAGCGUAGAGAGUUUUGGACAAGAUGCCAGCGUUGCCAGCAGUGCUGCAGUAUCGCCAUCAGUGGCGCUUUUCGAUCUCGAGAAUGUCCGUGAGGAUAUUUACUCCAUCGUUGAACACACAGUAGAGGCAAAGAUGUCCGAUGCAAUGGGUCCUCUACGGUUAAACAUCAACAAGCUAGAUGACUCUCUCGAGGCUAUUCGUCACCGAGAAGACGCCCUGAACAAUCUGGAGUCGCAUCUUCGCCGCGAACACACCGAUAUACGAGAGCAAAACGACACACUGAGCCGCCAGAUCGAUCUUCACUACCGUACCAUCGAACAAAACGUCGAGGAGUUCAAGUCUCAGUCGAAGACUAUGAACACCUUGAUCGGAGCUCAAGCAGAUCAAUCCAAGAUAAUGAGCACCAUGAUUGGAGCUCAGGCCGAUAUGCUUGGUCACCUCUCACAGCUUAUCAACAACCUCCCCGUGGCCAUCAACCAAGUCGUCCACAACGCAGUUCAGCAACAGGCUCAACUGGCUAUACGCGACAUCAUGUUUGCUCAACAACAAGCCAUGUUUUCAGUAUCAGACGUCUCUGGCGCUCGCAAGUCCGUCUCCUCUGAUGGCAGCUCAAGUCAAUGCACUUGCAUGCACCACCGUCUAGACAUUGAGUCUAUGGCAUCAACCCACAACAAGACUGUCUCCAUUGCACAACCAUCUCCCAGAUCUUGCUCCAACUGGCCAAUUGGGCUGCCGGCAACUGGCGCAGAGCAGCAAAAUGUGAGCGCAUCCCACGUUUCCCCGACCACCCCUAUUUCGCUGCUGGCCAGUGACAGCUGCCACACCUCGCUCAAGGGGCCAAUCCACCAGAAUUUCAAAAGUCUUUUGCAAAAGAAUGAGAAGAAUGAGAACUUUGGAUUUCCCAAUUGGGUCGGGAGUAUAUAUUCUGCUCUCCCACAUUCUUCUUCGUUUUUCCCGUCCCUCACUGCUCUUCGUUUCUUCACACCAGACACUUGCAUCGCGACUUUUCACUUCCCACGCCAGCUUCAAGCUACUCUGACCAGUUCCUCGUUCAAGAUACUUCAAACGCCAGCUCAAUUGAGUAAAAUCAACAGCUUCAUUGAUACCCUCAAUCUUGUCAUUGCAAUCAUGGGUUCCUCGAAGAAAGCUCCCGCUCCCAAGAAGGAUCAGCUCGCUGCCGUCCACUCAGCUUCCGCUGCCCUCAAGUCAGCCCAAGCUCUCCAGACGGCCAAGGCUACCAAGGCACCUGGACCUGCUCCCAAGGCACCUGGUCCUGCUCCCAAGGCACCUGGUCCUGCUCCCAAGGCACCUCCUCCUGCUCCCAAGGCACCUGGCCCUGCUCCCACUGAGACCGGCUUCACGCAUCACCUGCCCACCAAGGCUCAGAUCGCCGCCAAUGGUCGCAGGCCCGGCCGCAACCUCGUUUUGUGGCAGCGUCCCCGCAUGGCAGAGAAGGUCCUUCAUUGCCUAAUCUACGAGAUGGAACUCAUGGACAUGAGAGUCUCCUGGGACAACAUUGCGCACAGACUCCGUCCUGGAACCUCUGGCUCCUCCCUCAAGCAGUACAUUCACCGAAGCCGCAAUGGUCUUGUCUCUGAAGGCCAUGUUGUUGCUCCCCUUUUCAAGAGAGGAAAGCCCUAUGAUCCCACCAUCCGUGGUUACGUCCGCGACGUCAACGAAGAUGGAGACAUCAUCGUCCGCGCCGUCGGUUACGGCGAAUACAUCGAGGAUCCCCGCGUCAAUGAGCCUGAUGCCCUGGCAGUCCUGGCCCAGGUAAAGGCCCAACUCGAGGCUCACGAAGCGUCUGAUGUCGAAGGCGCCGAAGACUUUGACUUUGAGGAAGACAUCUCUCCUGGCACUUGCUUCACUAUCCCUGACGACGCCAACAACGCCAUGCCCCCCAGCCCUACUCCUGCCCGUCACGCAGCUCCUCGCCAGUCGGUUUUCGCUACGGAGCACGUCGCCGAGCCUCAGGAUCUUCAGUUCCCUGCCGGACAAGCCAUGCUCGCUCAGGAGGCCAUUGCCCCUGUUCCCGUCGACCAAGUCGCCGACAUCUCUGCCGCCAAUGUCUGGGCCGACAACAUCCAAGUAGGUCUCCUCAUCUACCAAUGCCAUGGAUUGACUACAGUCACUAACAGAGAGCAGGAAUUGCAGAACUUUGACGCCAACACCCUGUUCCAGCUUGGUAUUGGCUUUGACUUUGCGGAUCCUGUUGAGACCAACUCUGCCGCUCAGACAUCCGCCGCUGUCACUGAGUCCCCUAUCCUUGUCACUCAGAGUGAUGCCCCUACCAACCCGUCUCCCGUCGCAUUCACUCAAGCUUCGCCUGAGACCACAUCUAUUUCUCAAGCUCCCCUUGAGCUUGGCCUGAAUUCUGGUUUCCCUGCGGACACCACCGCCACCCUUUUCCAAGAGUUCGGCGCCGGUUAUCCAUUCGUCCUUGGCAGCGAGACACUCCACGAUCCCUUCAGCAUUCCCGCUGCGACCCAACCUUACCAGGCACAAGUCAACCCUGGCGGUCAGUAUGUCCAGCAGCAGGCACAGCAGCAAGCACAGCAGCAGGUCCAGCAGCAGGUCCAGCAGCCUCUCGACGACUCUUGGUUCUGGGACAACUCUCUCAAUCUCCUUCAAGAUCAGUUGUUCACUCCGAGUCAGACCAAUGCCUCUCUGUCUCAGUACGACUUCUCCAUGCCGUCGACGCUCCUCUCGUCCCUGCCGUCGUCCAUGUCGACCACCAUGGCACCUGUGAUGCCCUCGACGGUGGGACCCGUCAUGACACCUGCUUUUGCAAACGUCAUGACGCCCGCGAUGACGCCGUCCCCGGAGCACAAGGGCGCAGAGACUGUGAGUGACGCUGGAAUGGCCCAGCUGCUCCAGUUCAACGAGACUCACUAG